GACGGCGGCCGGCAGGGGCCAAGUUUUUCUUGGGGUGCCCGCCGCCGCCAGUGCAGCUGUGCUGGGCAGUCGCUCCCCGGUCCUCCGUCCUGCCGCCGCCGCCGCCCGGCCAUGGAGCUGUGGCAGGUGCCGCUGCUCUUCUCGCGGCUGCCUAUGUUCCCCUUCUUCGACCUGGCGCACUAUGUGGCUUCCGUCAUGGCGCUGAAGGAGCAGCGGGGAGCUGUGGAAGUGUCAGUCCAAAGUCCAGUUGCCUGCUGGUUUAGUGCUAUGCUUUAUUGCUUUGGUGGUUCAGUUUUAUCUUCGUUGAUGCUUGCAGAACCUCCAGCAGCAUUUCUGGCAAAGGGCACAAAUAUUCUACUGGCAUCUUCAGUCUGGUAUCUUGUGUUUUACUGCCCACAAGACAUAUUCUACCGGUGCUUUGCCUUUCUGCCUCUUCGGCUUCUGGUUGCAGGAAUGAAAGAAGUGACUAGGACUUGGAAGAUAACAGCUGGUGUUGCACAUGCAGACAGUCACUUCAAAGAUGCCUGGCUUGUCAUGGUAGCUGUGGGCUGGGCCAGAGGAGCUGGUGGUGGACUAAUUUCCAACUUUGAGCAGCUGGUGAGAGGAGUGUGGAAACCUGAAACCAAUGAACUACUGAAGAUGUCCUACCCUGUGAAGGUAACUUUGAUAGGAGCAGUUCUUUUCACCCUGCAACACAGCCAGUACUUGCCAAUAACAAGACACAACCUCAUGUUUUUAUACACUGUCUUUCUUGUGAUCUCCAAGGUAACAAUGAUGUCGACAAGAUCUGCAACUUCUCCAUUUGCUCCCUUUGAGGCUGCAUUAGGCCAUAUGUUCUUUGGCUUGCAAAAGACACCAUACAAAGUGAAGGGUGAAGGUGCCGCAUCUUCCAAUGGUUCUUCAGUCUGUGACCGGUCUUCUUCUGAACAGCACCAUGAUGGUGUUAAGAAAAGACAGGCAAAGAAAACAGAAUAAGUGGCUUAAAAUCCUUGAUGGUCAUAACCUUUGAAGAUGUUUGUAUUUCAGAUUAGGCUGGCUGAGAAAAUUGUUUAAAGAAAUGCAUGUGAGGAGAGAACAGGGCUGUAUGCUAUUGUGUUGUUGUUUGCCUUCGGAAUGUGUUUUGUAAGCUACUGUUCAGAUGUCUAAAUGCACAUGUUGGAUUUGUAAGUUAAAAACUAUAAAUUUUUAUAGUGGUUAUAAUUUACUAAAUUUUGUAUUUAUCAUAACUUUUAAGUGCUUACAUGCUAAAAAGAUAGUUUCAAAAUGUGACAAUCAGCUUUGUUAUUUUUUCUGAUAUUAUCACUUGUUUCACCUCUUCCUACCCGCCCCCCCCCCUCCCCCCCCCCCAAUUCUUAUGUUUCAUUUAGAUAGCAGGGAUUUGCACUGCCAAGUGUUCACAGUAGCAUGUCCCAAAUAAGAAGGUCAUCAUCUAAGUAAGGCUUAAUCACAUUGCACUGUAAAACUGUGACAAUGUACCAAACUAAUGCCUUUAACUAGAAAAAUAACCGAAUUACUGUUGUAA